CUCCAGAGAUCGAUCAGAUGAAAAGUUAAUGAAAGAAUAUAUAUAUAUAGUAUAUUUGAUUCUCAUAGUUGAUUGGUAGAUCUUCUAUCAAACUGUCAUUCAAAAGCUCUAAUCACCAUUUUUAUACUACUUUGCUUGAUUGGAACGGAAACUUUAACAGCUAACUGCUACAAAUGGAAGCUAUUCUCUUCCUAGAUACACCAGGUAUCAUAUCUAUAAUGACGCGACGCUAGCUAUUGCGUGUCCAUGUACUGCCAUUGGCUGUCCACGACCACGACUUGUUCAAGAAAGAGAUCUAUCUAUCUAUCUAUCAUCUAUCCAUCUUCGUCUUCGUAAGCAAAUCAAGCUGCUGCUCACAAUUUUGAACGUUAUAUAUGGAAAUGUCGUUUGCGGUUGGUAAUUAUCUUAAUGUGGAGAAUUUAUAUAUUCAUUGUUCAUGGAGAAAGAAAUGAAUUGAAGGAAGUCUGAUCCAAUUUGACUGAAGGAGAACAAUGCCAGGAAGGAAGAGGCGAAAGUUACAUCUUAGUAAGCUAUAUUCAUAUUCAUGUUUGAAAGUUCCAUUUAGAGAUGAACAUAGUCAAAUUGGGAAGAAAGGUUAUUCGAGGAUCGUAUUCUGUAAUGAUCUUGAUAAUCCUGAAGCUGCUCAGCUCUAUUACAGGGGAAAUUAUGUGUCUACUACUAAGUAUACUGCUAUUAAUUUUCUACCUAAACAAUUGUUUGAGCAGUUUAGGAGGGUUGCAAACAUUUACUUUUUAGUUGUCUCGUGUGUUUCGUUUAGUCCCUUGGCUCCUUAUUCACCUAUUAGUGUUCUUGCCCCAUUGAUCGCGGUGAUUGGGGCUACCAUGGCGAAAGAAGCUGUGGAAGAUUGGAGGCGUAAGAAACAGGAUAUAGAGGCAAACAAUCGAAAGAUACUUGCUUACGAGGGGAAUAAUUUUCACGACACCAGAUGGAAGAAAUUACGUGUGGGUGAUCUAGUUAAAGUUCACAAAGAUGAAUAUUUCCCUGCAGACCUGCUAGUGAUUUCAUCAAGUUACGAUGAUGGUCUUUGUUAUGUCGAGACCAUGAACCUUGACGGCGAGACCAAUCUUAAGCCGAAACAAGCUCUGGAAGUGACAGCAUCUCUCACAGAGGAAAGUUCGUUUAAGAACUUUAAGGCAGUGAUAAAAUGUGAAGAUCCCAAUGAGGAUCUCUAUUCUUUCGUUGGAACUCUUGAAUACAAUGACCAACAACAUCCUCUUUCCCUACAACAGCUUCUUUUAAGAGAUUCAAAACUUAAAAAUACUGAUUACAUAUACGGAGUUGUUGUUUUCACUGGGCACGACACAAAAGUGAUGAUGAAUGCAACAGAUCCCCCUUCUAAAAGGAGCAAAAUUGAAAGGAGAAUGGACAAAAUAGUAUACAUUCUUUUUAGUACUCUGGUGUUUAUAUCCUUCAUCGGAUCUGUUUUCUUUGGUAUUGUGACGAAAAGAGACAAAAAGGGUAACAUGUAUACAAGGUGGUAUUUAAGAACUGAUGAUGGAACUGUGUACUAUGAUCCAGAAAGACCAUUUUUAGCUGCACUUCUUCAUUUUCUUACUGCACUGAUGCUAUAUGGAUAUUUGAUACCAAUAUCAUUGUAUGUGUCAAUUGAGAUUGUCAAGGUGUUACAAAGUGUAUUCAUAAAUCAAGACAGAGACAUGUAUGACGAGGAAACUGACAGGCCGGCACAUGCACGGACUUCUAAUCUUAAUGAAGAACUUGGCCAGGUCCACACCAUAUUAUCUGACAAGACAGGAACUUUGACAUGCAAUUCCAUGGAAUUUGUUAAGUGUUCUAUAGCUGGUGUUGCUUACGGCCGUGGCAUGACUGAAGUGGAGAAGUCUUUGGCAAAAAGAAAUGGAAUCGAUAUUAAACUUGAUGAUGCUUCCUCUGAAUUGCAAGAAAUUAAUGGCGAUAUGGACACGAGAAAUCCGAUCAAGGGUUUCAAUUUCAGAGAUGAACGAAUUAUGAAUGAACAGUGGGUCGAACAACCGAAUUCUGAACUUAUACAAAAGUUCUUUAGAACUUUAGCAAUUUGCCAUACGGCUAUUCCAGAUGAAAAUAAAGAAAUGGGUGAAAUCACCUAUGAAGCAGAGUCUCCGGAUGAAGCAGCCUUUGUCAUUGCGGCUAGAGAGCUUGGAUUUAUAUUUUUUGAAAGAACACAAACCAGCAUAGCGUUGCAUGAGUUAGAUUAUAAGAGUCGCCAGAAGGUGGAUAGGACAUAUCAGUUGCUUCAUACCUUAGAGUUCAGCAGUGAUCGCAAGCGAAUGUCUGUAAUUGUAAGGAAUCCAGAGAAUAAAAUAUUGCUACUCUGCAAGGGUGCUGACAGUGUGAUGUUUUCUCUGCUCUCAAAUGGUGGUAGACAAUUUGAAGAUGAGACUAAGGAGCAUAUAAAUAAAUAUGCCCAGGCAGGUCUACGAACCUUGGUGGUUGCAUACCGUGAACUUGGAGAAAAGCAGUAUAAUUUAUGGGAAAAAGAAUUCUUAAAGGCCAAGACUUCUGUAAGUGAAGAUCGAAAUGCAUUGAUUAAUGCAGCAGCUGAUAAGGUUGAAAGGGAUUUAGUUCUUCUUGGUGCUACUGCUGUUGAAGAUAGACUACAAAAAGGGGUUCCAGAGUGUAUUGAGAAGCUUGGAAAUGCUGGAAUUAAGAUUUGGGUGUUAACAGGCGAUAAGAUGGAAACUGCAAUAAAUAUUGGGUAUGCAUGUAGCCUUCUCAGAGAGGAAAUGAAACAGAUAAUAGUAACAUUAGAUUCAGUGGACAUGAAUGCAUUGGAGAAAGAAGGGGACAAAGACGCCAUCGCUGCGGCUUCAAUCGAAAUCAUAGGUAAACAGAUAGAAGAAGGAAAGGCCCGUGCUAAAUCAGCUAAAGAGAAAUCAAUUAAAUGUGCUCUGAUAAUUGAUGGAAAAUCCCUUGGUUUUGCUCUUGCUAAGAACAUGGACAAGUCAUUCUUGGAUCUUGCUCUUAAUUGUGCUUCAGUUAUUUGUUGUCGCUCCUCGCCUAAACAGAAAGCUCUUGUUACUCAACUCGUUAAACUGGGAACAAAACAGACGACUUUGGCAAUUGGUGAUGGGGGAAAUGAUGUUGGAAUGCUUCAGGAAGCAGAUAUUGGAGUUGGAAUUAGUGGUGUUGAAGGGAUGCAGGCUGCUAUGUCCAGUGAUUUUGCAAUAGCUCAAUUCUGUUUUCUGGAACGGCUAUUAUUAGUACAUGGCCAUUGGUGUUAUAGACGAAUAGCUAUGAUGAUAUGCUACUUUUUCUACAAGAAUAUCGCCUUUGGAUUUACUCUGUUCUGGUUUGAGGCUCAUGCUUCUUUCUCUGGUCAAGCUGCUUAUAACGAUUGGUACAUGUCAUUCUACAAUGUCUUCUUCACAUCCCUUCCUGUGAUUGCCCUGGGUGUUUUCGAUCAGGAUGUUUCUGCCCGACUUUGCCUCAAGUAUCCAGUGUUAUAUCAAGAAGGUGUACAAAACCACCUCUUCAAUUGGGUCCGAAUCAUAGGAUGGAUGUUCAACGGAUUCAUAUGCUCAACGAUAAUAUUCUUCUUUUCUGCCAACUUCAGCAAACUCCCAGCCUUCAGAAAAGACGGCCAAUUGGUUGAUUUUGAAAUCCUGGGUGUGAUAAUGUACAGCUGCGUUGUAUGGGUAGUGAAUUGCCAAAUGGCAUUAUCAAUUAAUUACUUCACAUGGAUUCAACAUUUCUUCAUCUGGGGAAGCAUUUUCUUCUGGUAUGCUUUUUUAGUAAUUUAUGGUUAUUUCCCAUCAACAGUUUCAACCACAGCAUACCGGGUCUUUUUAGAAGCAUGUGCUCCCUGCCCUUUCUAUUGGCUUCUCACCCUGCUUGUAGUUCUUUCUACCCUUCUGCCUUACUUCUCCUACAGGGCUUUUCAGACACGUUUUCGGCCAAUGGUUCAUGAUAUAAUUCAGAUACGACGAUCGGAAGGUGCAGAGCUUGACAGUUCCGGUUCGAAAGCUCCUGAGAGGUAUGUCUCCGGGGAAUUGCCUACUAGGGUAAAGAACAAAAUUGACCAUUUGAAGGAGAGACUGGUAGUAUAAUUAAUAGGGAGUUACAUUUCAUAUUCUUGUAUAUGUUUGACUGAUUAUUGGAUAGGAAACUAGAGGCAGUUGAGAUCAUGAAUGUAAAAGUUGGUGUGUGUUGUGUGUAUAGUUGAUGUGUAGUGAAAGUGUAUAUGUUUUAUCAAAGUAAAAGUCUUGAUUGAGA